CAUUACAGCUUUAUAUCCUAGGAACUUCUCAUCUGGUUGCCUUUGCUGCUUUUGUCUUCCUUCAACCGACCAACUUUGUUAGAGAUUCUCAUAGAUUCUUCAAACCCUUUGAGUCCUUGUCAGAUUCCAAGGUCGGUGUUAUAUGCCUUCAUAUCUCUCACCCAAAUCAGUAGCUAUGAAGACUCUCCAUCCACUCUCUCACGUGCCUAUCUCUGAUCACCGGUUUGCUCUUCAAGAGAUGAUGAGCUCGAGCAGCGUCUGGACUAAAGAAGAGAACAAGAUGUUCGAACGUGCCCUUGCGAUAUACCCUGAAGACUCUCCCGAUCGCUGGUUCAGUAUCGCUUCUAUGAUCCCUGGCAAAACUGUUUACGAUGUUAUGAAGCAAUACAGUAAGCUUGAAGAAGACGUUUCCGACAUAGAAGCUGGACGUGUCCCCAUUCCUGGUUACCCUUCAGCUUCUUCUCUUGACCCGGAUACGUGUCGGAAACGACCUAGUGGGGGAAGAGGAUGUGAUCAUGAUCGGCUUAACAUUGCUCUGUUUCUUGUUCUGUGCAGGAGAUUCUUGCUAGGGCUUCUCAAGUACGGGAAAGGAGAUUGGAGAAACAUAUCGAGAAACUUCGUGGUGUCUAAGACACCAACACAAGUUGCGAGCCACGCUCAAAAGUAUUACCAGAGACAACUCUCGGGAGGCAAGGAUAAGCGCCGGCCAAGCAUUCAUGACACCACAACCGUUAAUCUUCUAAACGCUAAUCUCAACCGUUCCUUUUCUGAUCAUAGAGACAUCCUCCCGGAUUUAGGGUUUGUGAGUGAUAAUCUAUCUUCAGGAAACAUGUUUUCUCCAUCCUCAUCUCCCUUUGAUACUGCUGUUCGCAGUGCCAGAAGUUAAAGUAUUAUCAACAACGACCAAACUCGAAGUUCUAAUGAAGUUGAGUUGUAAAACUGCGACUGGCAUUACAAGCAGGAGUCCGAGUUGUUAAAUAUGUUUCGUGUGUCAUGAUCUUGUUUGUUUUUGUUUUUACAUGAAUGUGGCUGUAUAUGUGUGUCAGUGUGUGUUUAUGUUUACGAAAUCCCGAGUAAAUUAUAAUAUCUAUGUUCGUGCGCUAUGAUGAUAACUUUUAAC